CGCGAGAACGACGGCAAGCUGGUGCACUUGGUCGCCCAGAUCGACGUAGAGGACAUGCUGCGCGAGUCCGAGUACGGCAUCGCCGUGCCGGUCAUCCGGCUGAAGAGACGCGUCCAGAUGUACCAAUGGGUGGAGGAGGAGACCAGCAGGACCGUGGAGGCAGCCGAUGGCCAGCAGGUGGAGACGUCCUUCAACUCACCCUUUAACCAUGAAAAUCCCAGGUCCCUCCCUCUGGAGUCCCGGGUGCAAGAGGCGGCGACGGCGUACGUGGGCGCCUUCCGUGUGACGCGGGAGCUGCGCGACCUCUUCACCCGCUACACGAUCUUCGCCAGUGACGAGAGGCCGGCGGACCGGCGCAUCAAGCUGCACGGCGACAUCUUCUACCACUGCGCCAACAUCGAGGCCCCCAAUGUGGGCGACAUCCGCGUCCAGUUCGCAUACGCUGGCAAGGCGGGCGAUACG